UGAUGAUGAUGAAACCACAGAAAGACUCAGACAGACCCAGAGAAAAUAUGCCCAUCGCCUCCAAAGAGGAUGCAUCAGUUCUAACUCCACAACUGACCAUCGAUGACCUCAAGCAAACAAAGACUUUCCUGAAGCUCAUCAAGAAGCAGCAGAAAGAAGUGAACGUUUUGAAGAAAAAGCACGCAAAGGCACACACUGCACUGCGGAGCUCCCACAGCGCUCAACUGGACAGGACUGUUGCUCAACAUGAGAAAGAGAAACACACACUGGAGAAGCAGCUCCACAAAAACACCAGCAGGAAAGUGAGUUCCAGCCUUGAAAUGAGCAGAGACAUUGAACAGCAAAUGAAGACAGCAGCGAUGAAUCACAAGUCAAAGGUGAAGGACAUGGCGUCUGCUCAGGCCUCAGAGUGUUCAGAGAUGUUGCGCUGGCACUCAGCUGAAGAACAGACAGUGGUGGAGCAGCAUCUCCUCCAGCAGUGUGAGCAGCUCCACAAACUGCUGAUGCUGGAGCAGGAGCAGCAAACACACCAGCUCACACUUCUGCACGAACGUCAGAGUAAAGAGAUGCGGACCAACCAAGCCAAGACCUCAAUGGAGAGCAGCAAAGCCAUCAGUCAAGACAAAAGCAUCAAGAACAAGGCUGAGCGAGAGCGGAGAGUUCGAGAGCUCAACAGCACAAACACAAGAAAGUUUCUCACAGAAAGAAAAAGGCUUGCCGUGAAACAGACCAAGGAGUGCGAGCAACUCCAGGCGGCUCAGCGGGAACAACUGGAGAGGCUGGAGAAACACAAUGAGGAGCUGUCGAACUCGUGCUAUGCAAAAUCACACUGCCAAGGCCAGAUUGAAGCAGUGUGUGGAGACACAAGAGAGGAUGAACCGCUGACCGGUCAAACACACACAUCACUGCAGUGAGAAAACACUUAUUAAUGCACAAACACACACUUUCAGCUUCAUCUUUUUUAAUGCAAAAACAUUUGUCUUCUGUGUUUUGUCUUGUUUUCAUGUGUACGCUUUCUUAAAAUAAGAAACAAGUUCAAUAAUGUAAAGUUUUCAAAUAGAAAGACACGAGUUUAAG